AACUCAUGUUGGUAAAUUCAAGAAAGGGCUUGUAUUCUGGACGUGAUUUCAGCCUGAAUGAGAGGGGAUCAGUUAUGUGAUUAAGAUUGUACACAGUAAAAGUACCUGCAGUACCAAUCGUGAUAGGUAUUAGUAGUUGGUAUUAAAUUCUUGACAACCUUUAGCUGGACUUUUUUGAGCCUGAGGCUCUAUCCUAAACAACCUCUCCACCCCACCAAGGUAGAGACAAGUUCUACGUACACCCCACCUGUUGAAAUAUACUAGGUAUGUUGUCGUUGUUGUCUUUAGUUGAACGUAAUUUAUAAUUUUGAGCUAAACUCGAUAAACGAACAAAUAGGCGGUCUUUUUGGUAGCUUCAAGAAAAAAUACUUCUUGUGUUCUUUCUUAUAGAAUUGAUAAUAGGAUGUGACUACGAGUAUAUACCUUAAAAAGCUUAUAUUAGUGGGGAUUAAGCUAGAGUUUAACCUGCCUUGUUCAGUAGAAGAUGCCCAAAAAAAUCACCAAGAAUAGGGAGCAAAAGUCAGGAGACUAAGCUCGAAUACUAGGCCUCUGGUUAGGACCCAAUAUGAGAUGCCAAGAACUUUUUAAACAACUUCAUAUUUUAGCAAUUGCACAUUCAGGAUCACCAUGGUUUCGGUUUUUGUCAGAAAUCUGGAGGAGAAAGGGGCUGGACCUGGGGCGAGAAGCUCACACGCCAUCACCAUCGUAGGACAAAAGGUAUAUGGCUUUGGGGGUGAAUUCACACCUCGUGUCCCUGUUGACAACAAAGUAUACGUGUUUGAUCUCAAUGACCAAGAAUGGUCCGUGGCUGAUGCUGUUGGGGAUGUCCCUCCACGUCGUGUAGGUGUCACUAUGGCCACUGUAGGGGAUACUAUCUAUGUCUUUGGUGGCCGGGAUGCUGAACAUAAGGAGCUUAACGAGCUUUAUUCUUUUGACACAACUACCAACAAAUGGACCUUAUUGUCUAGCGGAGAUGAUGGACCUCCUCACCGGAGCUACCACUCGAUGACUGCUGAUGAUCGGAGGAUUUACAUCUUUGGUGGUUGUGGAAAUGCUGGAAGACUAAGUGAUCUUUGGGGUUAUGAUGUUGUCAAUAAGAAAUGGAUCAAAUUUCCUGUACCAGGGGAAAAUUGUAAACCAAGAGGUGGACCUGGUUUAACUGUGAUCCUAGGCAAAAUCUGGGUUGUCUAUGGAUUCUCGGGGGAUGAGCUUGAUGAUGUGCAUUACUUUGACACAAUUGAAGAAAAAUGGGUGCAAGUGGAGACAAAUGGUGAGAAACCUACUCCUAGGAGUGUAUUUUCAACAGUUGGCAUUGGAAAAUACAUUUUAAUCUAUGGUGGUGAGAUAGACCCCAGUGACUUAGGUCACAUGGGUGCUGGGAAGUUUUCAGGCGACGUCUACGCACUUGACACAGAGACACUAUUUUGGAAGCAGUGGACAGAUAGUGGUGACCAUCCGGGGCCAAGAGGGUGGUGCGCCUUUGCUACUGGACGACGAGAUGGCCAAGAGGGGCUGCUGGUUUAUGGUGGCAAUUCACCUAGCAAUGACAGGCUUGGUGGCAUUUUCUUUUUCACUCCUCUGGUGGAGGCUUGAGUGAAAAUCAAUGUUGUAAGAACAAAUAAUCUUCAAGAUGACAUUUAAGCUUUUAGCCUUGUGUUGAAUGAAGGGGGAAAACUUUAUGUUCAGUGACUGUUAAUUGAUGCUUUUGUAAAGGUUUGUUCAGUUUGUUAAACCAAGGCAUGUUGUGGAAA